AUGUAUCCGAUGAGGAGAGUGAACGACUCAGUGCUCUGGUUCAUGAAUGAGCUGACAUCCAGGGUAGUCGCGGAGUCAGGGAUUCCCACCGACAUCCACCAUCUUGGGAAAAUCCUGCUGCGGAGUCUCAAGGAUGAUCCGGAUUUCGUGUUGCAAAUUGAUGGUGCGACGGGCGAACAGGAGACCACUGGAUCAGUGCUAGAAAGGUCGGUGCGCUGCGCCAUCGCUCUCAAGAAGCUGGGCCUUCAGCGUGGUGACGCCAUUAUUCUCAUGGCUCCAAACCACCUCGACUUGGCCAUACCGUUCUAUGCGGCCCUUUAUCUAGGGGUCAUGGUGGCUCCUAUUGACAGGACAUUGGGUGUUAAUGAACUCCAAGGCACCUUUGAAGCAAUCAGACCGAAGGCGAUCUUUUGUCAGAGCAAUCGAGCCCUAGACGUGGAACUGGCCCUCAAAGAAAUGGACGAGCAAGCCUUCAUAGUCACCUUUGACACUGGCAGUUCUCUGUGUAGCUUCAAACAGUUUUUAGAGACUUAUGGGGAUAAAAGUUCUGUCGAUGAGUUCAAGCCAACAGACUUCGACCCUGAGGACACCAUAGCUCUACUAAUCUCCACCAGCGGGACCACUGGACUACCCAAAAGCGCUGCUGCAACUCAAAAGAAUUUAGCCGUCUCCGGCCCAUACCAAUGGAAUCGACACACCCAAUUCCCAAAGCCCACGAAGAUGGUGCUCGUCGUAUCGCCACUGCAGUGGGUGACGGCGAUAGUGAUGUUUCUGAUGUCUCCGAUAGUGCGGUUCACGAGGCUGCAGACGUCGCAGGCUGUAACGCCGCAGCACGCGUGUCACCUCAUCAAUACUUAUAAACCAACCUAUAAAAUAGUAAACCCACCGUUUUUGAACAACCUCUUAAGAUCUGAAGGAGGCCUACAUUGCGACAUUAGCUGUUUCGAGACGAUCAUUGUAGGAGGAAGCGCUGUCACAGCCGAUUUCAUACAAGAUAUUAAGAAAAUAGUACCCAACACAGAGGUACUGAACGGACUUGGGAUGAGCGAGACGACAUCAAUGGUGUUCAUAAGUGAGGGUCUUAACCCCGGCUCUGCCACCGUUGGGAAGCCAUCGGGGUGUUUGCAGUAUAGGUUGAUAGACACUGAGACCCAACAGGACAUUUACGAACCAAAUAAAAACGGGGAGUUAUGGGUCAAAGGUCCUGGUGUUGUAAAGGGCUACUACAGAAACCCUGAGGCGACAGCAGAGGCGUUCACCGAAGACCGUUGGUUCAAGACGGGUGACAUGUACUACAGGGAUGAAAACUAUAACUUUUUCUUCGUGGAACGUACUAAACUGCUGCUUAAGUAUAUGAAUCAUCAGAUUUCUCCGAUGGAGUUAGAGGCCUUAAUCCGCCAACAUCCUGGAGUGCAAGAAGUGGCUGUGAUCGGUAUACCGGACCCGAAGUGUGGAGAGUUACCGGUCGCUUGCGUGGUGCGGCGGCCUGAUGGACGCGUUACUGCUGACGAGAUCAAACAACUGGUCAAAGAAAAUCUAGCAGACACAAAACAGUUAAGAGGAGGUGUAAUAUUUUUGGACACAAUCCCACAAACACCAACAGCGAAGGUCCAUCAGAAAAAGCUCAAAGAAAUAGCAAUGCAAUGUUAGGUAACGAAUGCAGCUAACGAACCUAAAACUACAUCGUUUAUCAUUCAAUAUUGAGAAGGGCCGAAUAUGGAGUUUGCCGAAAACGAAUAUUAGGCCGAAUGUUCAGUUCAGACCUUACCGAACCGAAUAUUCGGCCAAAUUAUUCGGUACAUCUGUAUAUAAAUAUAAUUCUAAUAAACCUUUUGAAAACGCUUCAAUAACAUUCCGAAGAUAAAAACCGCUUCCUUGGCAUUCCCAAGAAACGAACGGGUCAAACAAGACAAGGGACACUUAAACAAAUUUCCAACUCUCCAUAUGGUCAAAACAUCCUAUGAAUUCAACAUAUCUAAUCAUGCGUUUUAAUGGAUAAACCGUAAGUCCGUAACCCGAUGGAAGUACUUUAAAGUUUUGUGGAGGAGCUAACAUGUUACAGUGUUGCAACAAGACAAGAUAAACAGAAAAAAUAUUCGGCACUUUUAACCGAAUAAUUCGGCCGAAAACGAACAUUGGAUGACUUGCCGAAUAUGUCGAAUGCCGAAUAAUUACCGAAUAUUCGGCCGAUCUCUAAUUCAGUAUAAUGCUAAUGGCUACUACAAACGUUAGGUACCGAUAAUUUCGACGCCAAUGACGGAUAUAUCCGCACCGUAGGUCCGACGCCAAUGACGGAUUAAUCCGUCACAGACCACAGAGAAACAUAGACCUACGUGCAUAUGCAUAAAAUUCAAUUUCAGUUUUGACACUUCGGUGAUGAGGCGUCCGAGUGACAGCUUUUGUGUUUGACACGGCGUCGAAAAGGUUAAACA